AUGACCGGCACUGCGCAAGAGUUAAUCGAAAGGAUUGACGCCGUCGAUGCUGCCAUCUUUGAAGGCCAGGAUGCCACGCGACAGCAGCUGGCACUGGCGGCCCGGAAACUGUUUCACAAGCUAGAGACAAAGGAAGAAAAGACAAUGCGACUCGCCAUAGAGGAACCAAUCAUGUUCUCUGUGCUUCAAACCCUCAUUGAUAUUGGCAUGUUUGAGGCCUGGGCUACUGCCGGUGGGGGCGAAAAAGAUGUGAGCGAGUUGGCCAAGAUCAGCAAGGAAGAUAUAGAACCUGAGCUUCUAUGUCACCAACUACGACUGAUGGCUGCCAACCACAUUAUCCAGGAAACGGCGAACGACCGCUAUGCGCCUACGCCUUAUUCCCUCGCAAUCGGAGAUAAGAGCACUCAGAUUGCCCCAGGUCUUCGCAUCAGAACAGAUCAUGUCGCACCAUGUGCCAUGCACUGGCCCAAUUUCUUAGCCAAGACCAACUACCGUAAGCCGGUAGACGACGAGGCUAGCUGCUACAUCGAUACCUUCCCUGAGAAGAAGAGCUUCUUUGAGCGUUGUAGCUCAAACCCCGUACACCAGGAAAGUUUCUCAUCCUUUAUGGAUGUGUGGGCGAAAGGAAAGAGACCUUGGCCGCAGUUCUACGACACACAAGCACUGCUCGAUGGCGUCGACCUUAGUGAUGGUAGUCCUUUUGUUGUGGAUGUUGGCGGACACCACGGCAUCGAUCUUAUGCGCGUUGCUGAGAAACACCCAGAUCUUCCCGCUGGAUCUCUUGUGCUGGAGGACCUACCAGAGGUUGUCGGUCCUGUCAAUCUCACGACGGACAAAAUAAGGACUGUGGCACAUGAUCUGUUUCAGGAGGGCGUUGAGCAGCCCGUUAAAGGAGCUCGAGCGUACUUCAUGCAUGCCGUACUGCAUGACUGGUCGGACGAGACAUCUGUCAAGAUCCUUAAACAGAUCGGCGCCGUCAUGAAGCGCGGCUAUUCGAAAGUGCUUAUUAAUGAUAUUGUGAUCCCAUCUACGGGUUCCAGUUGCUACCAAGCAGCCAUGGACUGCCUUGUAUUGCAGGCUUCGGCUAAUGAAAGAACAGAGGCCGUGUGGAGCAAGGUGAUUCAGGAUGCUGGUCUCAAGCUAGUCAAGUAUUACCCAGAUGGCCGUGGGUACGAGAGCAUUAUUGAGGCCGAGUUGCCAUGA